AAAAAAGCUACGUAUGUAUAUAAUACGUCCAGCUAAAACAUAUGUUCAUUGCUUACGCGUAACUAUAUGUUGUUUCUCAUUUAUAUACAAAAGUUAUGAAUCAUAGCUGUUCCCUUAUCUAAUUUAUACAGCUUUUAAUUAUGGUUCCCAUAUGAAUACCAAUCUUCUAUAGAUAAAUUAAAACUGUGGACGUGAUAGAAAUAUCAGUGAAAAAGAUAAGUGCAAUAAUUAUGUAUAAAUAUGACAUUGAGGAAAUCAAAGAGAAUAUAAAGUAUUGAUAUUGAUACUGCUAUUUUCAAUUUUCUUUGUGAUAACAUAAAAUUAGAAGUAUUUAAUAAUAGUAUUGUGAAUAGUCUUAUAUAUCAAUGUCAUAUCUGUUGAAGUAAUUAUACUGUGAUUGAUAAGUGGAAUUGUAUAUAAAUGAAAAUUUGUGUGAUUAACUAUUGAUUUAAAACAUUUAUGUAAAAAAAAUGCACAAUAUUUUCUGUGAUUCUUUCUAAAGUAUUAAUAUAAAGGAAUGGAAAUAUUUUGUAUUUUAAAUGAUACAGACAACACAUGCAGUGAUUUAUAAAAAGAUAAAAAUUAAAUUAAAAAAGUACAAAUAAACUUACAAAGCAGUAGAUCUUCUUUAAAAGCUAAAAUAUUUGUAAUAUUCAUAAUAAUACAUCAGUUGAUAAAAAAGAAGUUUAAUUCAAUAAGUAUGAGUGGUUUAGUAAGAGAUCAACCAUGGGGUAUUCAAAUAUUACAACAUACAUCUUCAAAAUGUUGUUCUUAUCGCCGUGUCAAUCGCAUGGCAUGGCAUCAAGGUGGUAUCUUAGCAUUAACAUAUUUGGCAUAUACCUGCUAUCAUAUGACACGAAAACCAAUAUCAGUUGUAAAAAAUGUAUUAAGUUUCAAUUGUAGCAGUUUAUCACCACCUCCAAACAUUGUUAUUAAUAGUACUAAUCGAGAUACAUGGUGUGAUUGGGCUCCAUUUGAUACUGAGGAUGCUCCAGCAUUGCUUGGCAUAUUAGAUUCAGCAUUCCUGUUUACAUAUGCUGCAGCCAUGUUCCUCAGUGGUUUUAUAGCAGAAAGAGUAAAUUUACGCUAUUUCCUUGCAUUCGGUAUGCUUGCAUCAGGUAUAUCUUGUUAUCUGUUUGGUAUUGCUAGACCAUACAAUAUCCAUAGCUUGUGGUAUUUUGUUUUAGUACAGGCAGUUGGUGGUGUCUUCCAAACAUCAGGUUGGCCUGGAGUAGUUACAGUUGUAGGAAAUUGGUUUGGAAAAAGAAAAAGAGGCUUAAUCUUUGGCAUAUGGAAUUCUCACACCUCUCUGGGAAAUAUUUUGGGUAGUUUAAUUGCUGCUGAAUUUGUGGAAUCUGAUUGGGGUCUAAGUUUUAUGGUACCUGGAGCUGUAAUGGGUGUUGUGGGAUUUAUAAUAUUUCUUUUUCUAAUACCCAAUCCUAUAGAUAUUGGGUUUGUUCCACCUAUUUCUCCUAGAUUUAGAAAAUUUGAUGCAACUCAUACUUCAGAUGAAGACAGUGGAGCAGAAGAUUGUGAGCAGUCAUGUAAUGAUGGUGAAGAUUAUUGGAAUCGUCUCGUCUAUCGCUGUGUCUACCAUGAACAAGUUAAUGUUGAUGAUUUGGCAAGUUUGCGAUCUGAAACUAGUCCAAUAUUACCAAGACAAAGACAUGUACAAGAAUCUCAUAGAGGAAAUGCAAUUGGAUUUAUAGGAGCUUUGUCUAUACCUGGAGUCAUAGAAUAUUCGCUUUCUUUAUUUUUUGCAAAACUUGUAAGCUACACAUUCCUGUACUGGUUGCCAUUAUAUAUUGCAGCUUCAACUACCUACGGUGCAACAUUAAGUGCAGAUAUCUCCACUUUAUUUGACGUAGGCGGUAUUGCAGGUGCAAUAGCAGCUGGUGUCUUAUCCGAUUAUAGCGGCAUGAGUGCUUUAACGUGUGCCGUUAUGCUUGGAUUUGCAGUUCCUGUGUUGUUUAUAUAUGACUAUGUUGGAAGCACGAGUUUGGGAAUCAACAUAGUAUUAUUACUAAUAGCUGGACUAUUAGUAAAUGGACCAUAUGCCUUAAUAACAACUGCCGUGUCUGCUGACCUAGGAACUCAUCCUAGUUUAGGAGAUAACUCUAAAGCUUUAGCUACAGUUACUGCCAUUAUUGAUGGUACAGGCAGUAUUGGUGCUGCUGUUGGUCCAUUAUUAGCAGGUUUGGUGUCACGUUGGGCUGGUUGGCAUAAUGUAUUUUAUAUGCUUAUGAUUGCAGAUAUGAUAGCAUUAUUAUUUCUGUCCAGAUUAGUAUACAAGGAUAUACAAAUGUACAGACGACGAAUAAGAGCCGUUUAACUUUAUUCUUUUUCACCAGGUAAAGAAUAAUGGAUAACUAUGAAAAUAAACAAAUUAUACAAAUAUGUAUUUGUAACUUUAGCUUUCCAUAAAUAUGAUAAAAUGUAUAAAAAGUUGUACUUUGUGGAGUAAUGAUAUGGAAAAAAGAGAAAGGACAGAUCUCAGAAUAACUAAUUACAGAAUAUAAUUAAUAUUACACUUUGGUAAAUUAUGAACAACGCUUAUAUUCAUUUAAAAAACAAAAUAAACAUUUUUACUGAAGAAUUAUUAAAAAACAAGAAAAGGAAGGAUACAUAAGGCUUUGAAUGACAACCACUUUACCGACAAUAGUGGUAGGAAUAUGUCACGUGAUCAGUUAACACUAUGCCGCUUGUCGCGCGGUCAUAAACACUGAUAGACUGCGCUCUUUUAUAGGAAAGAUGAAGUUGACACUAAAAGAUAAAGAUAGUCCCAUGGUAGUGUUCCCGCACUUGUACAUUAUAAAGAGUGAGGGAAAGCGACUAAAGAAUGAUUAGGAGGAAGAUUACGCUUUGAAUGUAUCAAAGAAAUUUUUUAAAUUACAUUUGGGACUUCGAAAUUUCAAAAUUUGAACAUUUCUGCAAUGAAAAAUUUAAAGUUUCUACUUGGAAGA